AUGGCGGCGAAGCAUGACUACGCAAUCGGCAUCGACUUGGGCACGAGUAACUCGUGCGUGGGAGUCGUCAGGAACGGGCGCGUGGAGAUCAUCGCCGACGAGCGAGGUAGUCGCCUCACGCCGUCGUUUGUGGCGUUCACUGACGAGGAACGACUUAUUGGUGAGUCGGCCAAGUUUCAGCGCACCAUGAAUCCUGCCAACACAGUAUACGAAGUGAAGAGACUCAUCGGACGCAAGUUCAGCGAUGAAGCAGUGCAGAAUAAACUCCCUCACUGGCCAUACCGCGUCGUCAACGAUAGAGGCAACCCAAAAAUCUGCGUUCAAUAUCUUAAAGAGGAAAAGUUUUUCACCCCAGAAGAGAUUUCUGCAAUGGUGCUGGCAAAAAUGAAAGAGACCGCCGAGGCUUUCCUUGGAUGUGAAGUGAGGAAAGCGGUUAUUACUGUACCUGCGUACUUCAGUUACUCUCAACGACAAGCUACCAUUGAUGCUGGUACCAUUGCUGGUCUCCAGAUACUAAAAAUUAUAAACGAACCUACCGCUGCCGCCAUAGCGUACGGGGAAGACACAAAUGUCUUCGAGGAGAUCAACAUUCUGAUUUUUGACUUUGGAGGCCGGAAGUUAGAUGUGGCGGUCUUGAAAAUGAAAAAAGGCAACUAUGCUCUGAAAUCUGUUGAAGGGAUUAGCCAGCUUGGGGGAAGGGACUUGGACUCCCGAAUAGUCCGUUUUAUGAUCGGGGAUUUCAGGAAGAAAACCGGGCUGGACAUAUCAAACGAUUUAAAAGCUCAAGCAAAAAUGACCAAAGCUGCCGAACGCAUAAAGAUCAAUUUGUCAGGUAAUGCAUGUGACAGAGUUCAACUUGAGUGCUUGAGUCGAGGGCAAGAUUUCAGUUUUGUUUUAUACCGUGGCAUGUUCGAAUCACUUUGCGCAGAUAUUUUUGAAGAAACUAUGAAGUGUGUGGACAGAGCGAUUGUCAAUGCCGGGCUGACAACAAACGAAAUUCACGAAGUAAUCUUAGUCGGCGGUUCAAUUCGGAUUCCCAAGCUCAGAAAAAUGCUUGAAAAAAAAAUCCCAAACAUGGAAAUCAAAAGGACGAUCAGACCUGAGGAAGUUGUUGCGUACGGAGCUGCUGUUCAGGCAGCCAUGCUCAACAACGACCGAAGUGUUGACAGACGUUACAUCCCUUAA